AUGGACUAUAUUUUUCUGUUGACAGGUAGGAAGUUCCGCCAUAUUGACAUCAAUGCAAGCCUAAGUAACGUUAAUUCCAAGAAAGCUUCCGCUCCACAAGGCCAAGAACCUACUCAUCAGCAGCAUGAAAAGGUAGAGCCUCAGGCCCAAUCCAGCGACGAAGAUGAUGGGUUUACUUCUUCCCAUAGUAAAUCUACGCAAGAGGAGCAGGACAAUUCAGAUUACCAAGUUGCUUGGGACGGUUUAGACGACCCUUUAAAUCCCAAAAACUGGCCUAUGUGGAAAAAGAAUCUUACCUUAGGUAUCGCUUCCUUUAUCGCCAUUGUAAUCACCGCUAAUUCCAGUAUUUUCUCUGCUGGUGGUGGUGUCGCUGCAAAACAGUACCACGUAGGUGCUGCUGUCGGUGACUUGUGUUCUGCUGUGUUUUUAUUGGGUUUCGCUGCUGGUUCUGUUAUUUUUGCUCCUCUUUCCGAGGUCUAUGGACGGCUUCCUAUUUAUUCUUGUACGCUCAUCAUUUUUACCCUCUUUCAAAUCGGAGGUGGGCUUUCAAAAAACAUUUGGAGUUUAGUUAUUUUUCGCUUUAUACACGGCUUCUUUGCUUGUACUCCCAUGUCUGCAUGCGGUGGUACUGUUAGUGAUCUCUAUUCCCCUGUCGAGCGUACCUCAGCAUUGCUCUUCUUUUGUGCCUGUGCCUUUAUUGGUCCCCUUACUGGACCUACCAUUGGUGGUUUUAUCACCGAUAGCAAGUUAGGUUGGAGAUGGGACUUUUGGAUUAAUAUGAUUUGGGCUGGCCUUACUUGGUUAAUCGUUAUAUUUGUCAUGCCCGAAAGUCAUGGAUCUACAAUUCUCGAUUUUAAAGCUAGGUACCUUCGCAAAAAAACAAGCUGCAGUUUGUGGUACAACGAGCAUGAGCUUCAACGUAGUGUUACCAAUGCUAUCCGUACCUCGUUAACACGUGGUAUCAAGCUUUUGAGUACCGAAGCCAUUGUCCAAGCCAUUUGUUUGUAUCUUGUAUUCGUCAACGUCCUUCUCUAUAUGGUGAACGUCGGUUAUCCUUUGAUGUUUGCUCAAUACGGAUUCAAUGCUGGUGAAGAGGGUCUUGCUAUGCUUGGUGUUGACGUCGGGGUUGGCGUAGGCUUCGCCUUUACUCCCUUGAUCCACUGGCAUUAUAAGAAACGCUUCAAGAUGAACAAUGGAAAUGUUCGUCCCGAAGACCGUCUAUGGCCUCUCUUCUUCGGCUCCUUCUUCAUUCCAAUAAGUCUCUUUUGGUUGGCAUGGACCUGUUACCCAACAGUUCAUUGGGCAGCCCCAUUAGUAAGUGGGAUCUUCUUGGGAUGGGGAUUUUUGUAUGUCUUGCAAGCUUGUUAUUCUUAUCUUGUUGAUUCCUACCACGAGUUGGCGGCUAGUGCAUUGGCCGUUGGUACAACCACGCGUUAUGCUGCCGGUGGUGGUAUGACUGUUGUUGCUCGUCCUAUGUACAAUAAUUUGAACUUUCACUGGGCUACCUCUUUGUUGGCUUUUAUUGGCUGUGCCCUUGUUCCCAUUCCUUUCCUCUUUUAUUUCUUUGGUAAAAGAAUUCGUCAAAGAAGUUCUCAUGCUUACAAGGGUGGUUAA